AUCUAAUGGUUUCAUUUCUUCAGUUUACCUGCAGAGACGAGCUGCUCGUGUCCAUCCUUAUGUUUCACCUGCAGAGGAGCUGCUCUACCGUGUCCAUCCGUGUGUUCAGUCCCCCAGGUAACACAGAAAGCUGACUUUGCUGAGUCAUAUUCUGUAGCAUCUUGUUCAACUUUUGCUUUUCAAAGCAAAAAUGAUCUCAGCAAUGAUGGCUCAAAAUAUUUGAAAUAUGAUCCUUGAAUAUUCCUCACAGAAUGGACUACAGUUCUAUACCAUGGUCGGACUGGAACGAACAGCACGUAAGUGCAUGGUCAAAGACAAUUGGGAUUAAACCAGAGCACAUACAAAAACUUGAGAAAGAUGAGGUAACAGGACCUGUUCUUCUAACUGUUACAAAAUCAUAUUUAAAAGAACUUGAUUUUGGAGGAGGCCAAAUACAGCUUUUGCUUAGUAAAAGAGAUGAACUUAUACAACUAGACAAGUCAAAAACAAAUAAAAAGAAAUCCAAAGAGGAAGCAAAACAUGAAAUUGUGUCUUCCAGUGAUGACAUUACUCCUGAACAAAACUUUUCUACAUGUGAUAUUCUUGAAUCAGCCGUGUAUUUGCCACAGAGUAAAUUUCGGACAUUUAAUGAUAAUGACGAACACUUCAGCUACAUAAAACAUGCCGUACUCCUACCAGAGACAGGUAUUGACAAUCUGAUCACUCCAUGUCAUGAGUAUAAAUCACUGGAAAAUGCCUGUAAAUUAGAACCAAGAAAGCUAAAGAUCAAAUUUGCAAAUGAAGUCAUUCGAUUUGCAUGUGCGUGCAUGAAUAUGCGUGCAAAUGGCACAAUCCACUUUGGGGUCAUGGACAAGACAAAAACAUCAUACAAACAUGGAGAGAUAAUUGGAUUUCCCAUUGAAGACAAAGAGGUCUUUGAAGAAGCUUUAGACUACAUUGAACAUUGUUUUCCAACACAGCACUCUGAUGCCAGAAAAUGUAUCAAGCCCCCAAAAUUCAUAAAAGUAAUUGACAGAGACAGUCAGCCCCAAAACUGGAUUGUAGAAGUUGAUGUAGUUCCUAUAGUGAACGUUGUGAGGAAAAAAAUGUAUAGUGCCCGUAUUCCAAAGUUCAACGAGAAAGCAAAUAAAGUUGAAUAUGAGCAAAAAGCUUAUUAUCAAAGAGUUGGACCUAAUACAACACGUAUUACUGAAGAUGAACUUGUCAGUUUCAUUCAAGCUCUUAAAGACAUUGACCAAAAAAGAGAAUGUGAAGAAAACCAGAAUCCGAUACAGGCUAAUGUUAAAGAGGACUUAGGAAGAAAACUCUUAGUCCUUCUGACACAUGGGAAGAAAUACAUGGACAAAACAUUGCGUUACAUUAUUGUUUCAAAUAGAUUUGAUCAAGAAAACCUACAAAACAUCAAGUUCCUUGCUCACAUGAAUAUCUUCUGUGUUUUUGAUUUUGACCCUGACUCAAAAUCAUCUGGACUUUGUCACAAUUACCAAGAGCACCAUGCCGUAAACCUGCACUUCCUGCGUGAUUAUGAUCAUAGGGAGAACACUGCUGAAUUAGUCAAGAAGUUACAGCUCUUUGACAGAACAAGCUGGAUAUUCUGCAAUGGUCGAAAUGAUUACAUUGGAGAUGAGUGUCCAUGUGAUGCAAAAACCUGGAUCAAAAACAAGAAAAAACUGUUGAAAAGAGCUAUAUCUGUGAUCUGCAAUGAGAUUCUCCCUAAAAGAUCAUUUGCAGUGCUUUUCAUUCUCACGUCUGACUUUGAACAACCCCUAGUUGACACAUUUCAUGAAUUCUACGCAGAAAUGAGUGGCCAUGAGGACAUAGUCAUAAUCUCAGAAUCAAGGGAGAAUUACAAGAAGUGGUCAAACCUUGCCCAAGUGUCUUGCUCGACAGAUGUGCUUGAACAAAUCAGUAUUGUUGGUAUGCAAAUGAGUCAUGUAGAUGCUACAAUUCAAAGCAUUCAGCUCACCAGUGUUCAGGCCACAAGGCAUUUGCCCGUGUCAAACAAUGGACUGUGCUUUUUAAAACCUGUUGAUGAAGAUAGUAUGCUCUCCUUAGAAGUAGUCCGUGUUGACCAGUGUGAUGAAACAAAUGUAAAUUUCAUGGAACAAGAGCAAAUACAAAAAAUUGAACGAUACUUCUAUCAAGGAGGAAAAAUUGACUGGUUAAAUAUGUGGCUGGCUGACAGAAAUCAAUGUGGGGAAAUCAUCAAACGUGAUGCAUAUGCAGAAAUUAACAAAAUGUUGGAAGACCUUGAGCAGACCGACUCAUUAAAACGCUCCAUUGAAAAUAUCAACAUAUAUCAUCAACCUGGAAGUGGCGGAAGUACAGUGGCACGACAGAUCCUCUGGAACUGGAGGAAAAAAGUGCGAUGUGCUGUUGUUAAGCAAUUGUACCAGGCUGCAACUGUCUGUGAGCAUGCUGUACAACUUUGGAAUUACGAGGAGGUUGACAAGAACUCCUGUUUACCUGUGCUUCUGUUGCUGGAGGAUUGCAAUGUUAACUAUCAGGAUGACCUCAGACGAGAACUAAGCAAUGCAGUCACAACAAUGAAAAUAAGUUCAUUAAAACUGUGUUUCAUCAUUCUCUGCUGCAAAAGGUCACUUGAUCCAGAAAGAAUGUGUAAAACACUGCCUUUACGCACAGUCGCAGUUACACACAAACUAUCCCCUACAGAAAAGAAGCUCUUCUCAAAGAAAGCAGAGGCUCUCAAGCCGAAGUUUGAAGCAGAAUUUAUACUCACUUUGGUGCUCAUGAGUAAAGAGUUUGAACAAUCUUAUGUCACAGACUGUGUUAAGAAAUGUGUUAAGGAAAUUGAUCAUUCAUCUCUUCAGACACAGUUGAUCAAAUUUGUGGCACUACUGAACAGCCAUAUUGAGGAUUCUUACCUGUCUGUAUCACACUGUGAGGCAUUCCUAGGUUUAGGAAUUCACUUUGACAAAUCGGAUCAAAUGGCCGAAUGUCCGGAGUCGUCAUGGGCUGAUGAAGUUCGACACCAAACAUUUGAAAAUUCCUUAAGUGAGCAAGCCAGGUUUUUUUUCAUACAGCUGAAAUCUAGUGAGACACAUAUCUUCUCUGUGAGAAUAAUUCACAAUUUGAUAGCUAAGGAGAUUCUGAAGCAGCUCUCCAGCUAUCAGAGCCAAAGUGAAAUAGCAAUGAGUCUCCUUAAGGACAAAGUGCUGUUCGACCACAGAUUUGGAAGAGAGGAAUUUCGAAAGUUUAUCCGAGAUCUGUUUAUCAAACGGACCAAAAAAAGCAAGGGAGAUCCAAAUGACAGUUGGUUUUCUCCUUUAAUAGAGCAUGUUAGCGAGACAGAAGAUCUGGAGAAAGCCAUUGACCUUUUAAAGGAGGCUUACACUCGUUUUGAUGAGGACGCAUUUGUUGCUCAACAGCUUGCACGACUGCUUUAUGAAAACAAAUGUUUUGAGGAAGCAGAGAUUUGGGCUAAAAGAGCCAAGUCUCGUCUCCCACAGCACACAUAUAUACUUGACACACUGGGACAAGUAUACAAAAAGUGGUUCUAUGGAAAACAUGAUGCCAUAAACCAAAAAGAUCAUAUUCAACCAGAGGAUGUCACUGAUAUCAUUGAUACUGCUCUGAAAGGAAUCAUUACUUUUAGAGAAUCUGAAAAAUGCCCCCAGUCACAGACUGUCUGCUUGAAUAAUUCUUAUUUUGGAGAAGUUGAUAUUGGAUGUCGAUUGCUUGAGCUCCUGUCAUAUGUUGACAUUUUUUCUACUUCAGAGGGAAAGAGGAAGUUGAUGAAUUACCUGCUCACUGACUACAUACCAAAGGAAGUAGAGAAAACUUGGCAGAAGUUUCAUGGCCUUUUAAAAGGAAUGAAAGAUAGCAUUAGAAAUGCCCUGGAAUGUAUUUCGGAGGAUCUUGCUCGCUUUCAGAAUUACAGUUCUGAAGAUGAGGAGGAGUUUGAUGAAGGAGAGCCUGAAACGGUAAAUAAUCCAAGAAAAUGGCUCCUCAGGAAAAGUGCUGUGUAUGCCAAGUUGUUCAUCUCAUGUGACAUUGCUGACAUUGGGGCUUCUGAUACAAACACAGUUACCCCAUUAAUGAGACAAAUGAAGUCUUUCCAACUCGGAGGUGGUAACGUUACAACAAUUCUUUACCUGCUCUCUGAUAAGAAGAAACAAAGAGCUGGAGAAAAACUUGAGGAAAUAAUUAGCCUUUUCCCAGCUAACCUGAAAAGGGAUCUUGACCAAACGGAGCUCAUAAACUUCAUCUUCUGUCAGAUAGCGCUCUCCUGUGCUUCACCUGGCUCUGGAAAAAUUCUUGCCAUUGAAGAACUUCAAGAUCUCAGUAGGCAGUUUUGCAGUGAAAAGAGAACUGCCUUACCAGAUACUACAUAUUUGCUCCUUUCACUGUUAUUUUGGCCUGAGGAUCCAAGAAGCAACAUUGCCACGAAUGUAAUAAAAACGCUUCACAGAUAUUCUGAGAUUAAAUCUGCUGCCUCAAGAAAAGGAAGGAUUUUCACCCACUUCCUCCUCGGAAAAGCAAGGGGUCUAAAUAAAAUUGUGCACAAGAGCACAAUUGAAAAAUUCUGCAAGGGUACCCUCAGUGAGAGACGCCUCAAGUGGAAAGGCGGUGAAGUCUGGACUAACCCAGAUGUUGUUAAAGUGCUUAAACGGGUAACUGGAUACACCGACAGUGGAAAUCUGUUUGUUCGGGUAUCUGAUCAAAGCAACAUCAGAGUCAUUCCACUUUUUAAUGCCUCCUUGCCAAGUUCAAAUGAGAAUGUGACCUUCUACCUUGGGUUUUCUCUUCAUGGAGUAGUAGCUUUUGACAUCAAGGUAGCAGAGUGAAACCAUAUAUAUUCAAAUCACUGUAAGGGAGCUUAAUGAUAUGAAAUAUAUGUAGAAUAUGCAGCUGCAUUCUUAUAUAAAUUUUGUUCUUUUUGACAUUUGUGUCUCAUAAACCUGUUUUAAGGAAAUAUUGUUGAAUGAUGAAUAAAUAAUCUUUAUUUCUAAUUUUAUUUUGGCUGGAAAUCAAAAAUAGCAGUGAUGUUGUGUUUAGUAAAUAAUGUUUUAAAGUGUGAUUGUAUUUAACCAUGCUAUCGUAAUUCUAUAAUCCUAUAUUUUUUGAGGCAUGGUUUUCUCAUCUCUUUAGUGAUGCAACAAUACAGUAUAUACAUUUUUUUGGGUGGUGACUUUCAAUGAAAUCAAUACACACACACACACACACACACACACACACACACACACACACACACAUAUAUAUAUAAUACAAAUAAACUUUAGAAACUGUUUUAGAAAUAUGCCUGAUAUUGCAUUACAAAACUUACAGAUCAUAUUUACCAUGUUGAAUACAGUAGUUCCAGUUUGCAAUUAUGUGUUUUAAUCCUGAUACAUUAAACGUGUGGUAUUAAAUUAUUGUUGACUCCUA